AUGCCUCCCUUUAGUCUUAAGGUCAUUUACCAGGUUGCAAGAAAUCGGCUUCCCACCAAUGCAUCUUCUCUUCUGGAGCGAAUGCCUCUGGUGGAAAAGAGCCAUUUACUUCAUACAGAGUCAGAUGUCAUUCGUGCUUCUAUCCAGUACCUCCUCCAUCCUAUUAAUGUCGCAACUAUCCAAUUGAUAUCUUCUUCUGGUCACCUUUUCUGCAGAGGCGAGGCGCGUGAAGGCGAAUUCAAAAACACUCAAGUGCUACAUUGGAACGAUUUCAAAGACGCGGUGUCAGACCAAAACAAUGCGAAAGCAAUGGUGGACUCAGCCUAUGCCGCAUAUUUCUCGUCACAGCGAACCCAGGAUGAACACCAGGAUGCAGGAUCUCGAAAGCCGUCUCCCAACGGCAAAAAGGGCCAUGCAUAUUACUAA